AUGAAUGAUAAACCACGUAGGAUUCCUUUAAGUUUUGUAAAUGCGGUUUUGACGAAAGCCUAUUUACAUUAUGCACAUUACUAUUUUACCAGUCCUUCGACCUUGAUGUUGGCAAAGUUUGAGUUACCCAAUCACGGCUUUGAUGAGUCCUCACGUGUUUGUGUCACAAAUUGUCCUCGGUGUUUAAGAUCAAACCGUAUUGCUAUUAGAAAAGGCUCAUCGACUUUUGGAAAGCAGUGA